AUGGAUAAGCUGGCGAAAGGCGGCGGCGACGUGCUGGCGGUGACGGGGGACGAGGAGCUGCUCAAGACGCUCAACGAGGCCAACGGCCUGCUGGAGCAGGUCCAGAAGGGCCUGGCAGACUACCUCGAGACCAAGCGCCUUGCUUUCCCCCGGUGA